AGCACGCAGCAGAAGGGAUCAUGGGACUCCGAGUCCUGGACUGAGGAAGAAGGGAUUCUCCUGGCAAGAUUUGUUGACUCUGCCUUCCCCUUGAGGUUGAGAGAGUGUGACAUGCUCAUGGAUGAGCAUUCAAACCCUAGUCCCUCAGAGUCCAGUCCAGCACUGCAACCACCACAAACACCAUCCUGGCUCACUUUGCAAGGAGGCAUCUUGGAGAUCUCUGCAGUCAGCUCUGGGAAAGUCAUUGUGAAGAAGCUCUGAUGGAUGCUUUGCCCUUCACACCAGGAGAGCUGAUAUGUUUGGGAUCGAGCCUAGCCUUCUCUGGCCUCUUCUAUUACUUGCACAGGAAGAAGGCCAAGGUUGUGGCCAGGAUCCAGGAGGCUCCAAAGCUUCAGGUCAGUGCCGAUCUUCCCAGCAUCCUCUCUGCCACAGACAGCAGCUGCCUGGACUAUGUUGUCAUUGAAGGUGUAGUACAGCCAGCUGAUGCCCCUCUGACCAGUCCGUACCACAGGGAACUACAGGGAGUGAUUGAGAGACUGAUGCUGAAGGAGCAUCGCCUGAUCUGGAACAGCUUGGCCCGGAGCUGGACGGAUAGUGAGCGGGUGGUGCUGGAGCAAGUCCAUACCGUCCCUUUCGUCUUGGCAUCCUCCAGUGGCAAAGCCGCUGGGGGGCAGGUGAGUGUGGAAUCCCCCCUUGAUGCCAUUGACCUGCCCCUGGAGACAGUGUAUGAGCGCUUCCAACAGACCUCUCCAGGCUUCAAGGAUUUGCUGGGCCAUUAUCUGAGUGGAGAGAAGCCCAAGGGCUUCCUGGAGACGGAAGAGAUGCUCCUGGUGGGCAGCAGCCUCACUGGCAUUGGCCAGCUGACACUGCACCCAGAUGGGUCCCUCCACCUAGAGCCUCCAGACAAUGGCAGUGGAUACUUCCUGUGCCUGGGCGACUGGCAGACGUUACUGGCUGAUCUGCAGUCAGUCAGGAGCUUCUGGAAGUGGGCUACUCUAGUCUGUGGGUUGGUAGCCGCUGCCGCUGUCCUGCAUGCUCUCUGCCGUGCGUACCGACAUCGCCAGCUCAAGCGAGAACAGGAGGCGCAACGACAAGAAUUUGAAGACCUCUUGCGCUGCAAUAGCCUGGACCAGACUGCGGAGCCGCCUGAAAACGCCUGCGUCGUCUGCCUUACAAACCUCCGGGAAUGUGUUCUCCUGCCCUGUGGACAUGUCUGCUGUUGCUUUGGCUGCUUCCAGGCUUUGCCCAACCGCAACUGCCCCAUCUGCAGGCGCCCCAUAGAACGGGUGGUUCCUCUUUAUCAGGCCUAGGAGAAUGGCCUGGGCAACACUAGAAUGUUCACUAGAAUGCCUUCAUCCCACUCCUAGGGUGGCAUGUCAGGGCUUUAACAGGACAGAAAGAGCAAGAGUCACAGGACUCUGCCACGAGGGGGGAGAUGACAGCUUCACUGUUAUGCCACUCAGUUUCUCCCCACACCUCUCACUUCCCAAAUCUGUAUUGCUGGUAAGUGUGGAUCCACUCAGGUCCUAGGCCAAAGUGGAAGGGUAGGAGGCUACAUCAGCCCCCCAGGAGACCUGGGAGGGCCAAACCCCCCACUACACCUGCUUUUGCAAGAACUUUUCGUGCCCCAAAAUGACCUCUCGGGGUGAGAGAGAGGGAGCAUUUCCACUAUGUUUUUGGGCCUUUCUGGGACAUUUUAGGCCCAGGAAAAGCCUUUUUUUAAAACAAGGAGUGGAAGUCACUGGCUGAUUCAAAAUUGGUCCAGGGUGGACUCAGACAUGGUAGAAGUGGUCCUCGUGUUCUUGAGGGUAUUUGGGGACAAAAAAAUAUGAACAGUUUUUCAAACAGUACAGGGUUUCUCCAGAUAUUGCCAUGUCCGUGUGAGCAAAAUGCAAUCCUCAGGGAGAUCAAUGGUGCCUGGUAGCUUCCAUGUGAGUGGGAUGGUGAAUCUGCUCUGUGGUUUAGUCUGGCUCAACCCAUUUUGAGACAGGGUUCCACGCCUUGGAUCACUCCUUUCAAAGUUCAAAUUAAAACCCAGACCAAAUCCAUCAUUCCCUUGACAUGAGAACUGCCACUGCUGCUGGUUGGACUGCAGUGCCCAGCAUUCCUCAUCACUGACUGUUGGAUAGGACCUAUGGGAUCUGCAGUCCAGUAAUAUUGGACCCCUUGUACUUUGUCAAGUAGCAGGUGCAGAUCAUCAGACAUAACUUAAGCUUCCAACCCGGGCAAAGCGGUCAUUUCGAGCCAAGCUCUCUGAGCCAAAUCGACUGGUCCCUGCCUCAGCAUUGGGGCCUUGAGCCUCCCAAGAAAAAGGGAUCUCUAGUGGCUGAAACUAACAUGUUUUUAAAAAUGGCUGAGGAGCGGCCUCCUCUCACACUUUCCCAUAGGGUCAGCUGAGUUUUCACAUCAGAGUAUUAUUUUGUGGGCUGUCUCUCUUUUCUAGCCGCGUCCAGGUUGCCACUUGCCGGUGGGUGUGGAUUUGUGUGUGUGGCUUCACUUAUUGUGGGGAGUGCAGCUCUCAGCAUUCCUGGCCUUUAGCAAUGCUGGGUAGGGCUGCUGGGAUUUGCAAACCAAGAACAUUGAAUGGUGGCAUAAUUUUCACCCUGGUUUAAGGAUUAUAGAACUGUUAAUAAUCUCUCUUCAUCCUGGCCUCUCCAUCAAUGAUAAAAGGUUCAUCUACACCAGUGGUGCCCAAACUGUGCCCUUUAAAGGACUUCAGUUCCCAGAAUCCCAGACUGUUGGUCAACAUGGCUGAGGCUUCUGGGAGCUGAAGUCCAAAAUCUCUUAAAGGGCACUGUUUGGGGAUCAUUGAUCCAUAGUCCUGAAUCUGUUGUGGGAAUGAUCCUGCCCCUCAUCUCGGGGCAAAUCCUUUGCCUUCUUCCACUGGCCUGUCACUAAACAUUGGACUCUCUUUAAGACCAGAGCACUGGCACUUCUGUCCCUUCACUGCUUGGAUCUUUGUUCCCUUUUCUUCAGAAGGGCUGGACAGCUGUGGUAAUCCUGAUAUUGUGGGACUGGUUCCCAUCAGUCCAAGCCAGUGAUGAGAGAUGAUGGGCAUUGCAGGCCAGGUAGUCCCCACCCUUUCACUAAAGGAUGGUACUUAAGCCGUGAGCGAAUGUCCAGUAGCUUAUUCAUCUCUUUUGGCUGAUAAAGGUUGCUCCCCAGUCUCAGUUUUUCUCAGAUUACUGGCAUCAGAUUCUGGCUGGAGAACAGAGACUUUGUUGUUUUCUUUCAGCCUUAUGGCCUCGCUGUUAGACUGGACUGAUGUUUGGCUCUUCCUUUGGGGCUGCGCUGGGCGCUUGAUGGCGUUCAGCCGAGUUGCACACAGGAAAUGUGGAAUCAAGAUGAGUCGAUUAAAUUGACAAAGCCAUCCAAGCCUGUCUUGUCUCUUUAAUCUAAGCACCGAUAGAAUGAAGAGCAGGCAGGCAGGCAGGCAGAUCGGAAGCCCUUUGUUUUCAGUCGCAGGAAUCAAACAGCCUCACUGUGGUCUCCAAAGACACCUGAGGAUUCAAAGUGCAUGGCCCCCAUGGAAUUGGUGUCAUGGUGGAGAGAGCCUAAAGCUAGAACAGAGUAUGGGGAACAUGUGCUUUUGGGACUAUACAGCAUUCUAGGAGUUACAGUUCCACAAAAAGAAAAGUUUAUCCUGGCAUGAGGCAGAAGGAGAAGCAUGUCCUGAAACAGAAGUGCAGCUAUGGUGUGUUCUUCAUGGGCUUAAGUGGCUUCGAGUUUCUUGGAUGCCACAGAAGGACUCAGGUCAUAUGUUUCUCUGGGCUUGUGUAUGUAUAUGUACAUAUGAUAUGAUCUCCCCAAUUCUGUGUAUGCUCACAGACUACCCUGGAUAGCUUCUAUGGCCUGAUUCCUGCUACCUUUGAAAGCGGAUUGCAAAUCGGUUUGAACCAGUUCGAAUGACCCUGGUUCCCACUUGAAGCGAUUUGAAGAGGGGGCCACACACUACACUCAUCUCUCCAUAUUUGCGGCUUUGAUUAUUCACGGAUUGAUUAAUAUGUUCUCUCUAAGAAUAUCUAAGGU